CGCACCAACAUGCACGCAGUCCCGCAGGUGAGACCCCUUCGCCAGACGUGGAUCGACGCCUUGCGCGUCACUUCUCCGUACUACCAAUGCUGCCGCCUCCACGACCUGCAGCGACGCAUGGACGCGGCAGAGGUGAGGCAUACAGCGUUGAUCUACGUCCAGCGAAUGGUCUCACCUGUGGGACUGCGUGCAUGCGGCACUGCCAUGUCAUGGCUGCAACUCGUCGUUGGGUUGGUCGUGUUGUGGAAGCUGCUUGGCCGAGGCCGCUUCUCGGAGCUCCAUCAUGCAAUUCGAACCACGUAACGCGAUGAUAUUAGUACGAACGUUAGUGGAGCAAAAAAUACAAGCGACUCUGUUCUAGAUACAAUGACGGGUGCCCCAUUUAGAAGUCGCCGUCGGCUUGGAUGUCCUCGCCCGUUUGCUUUGCCAAUGCUUCCGCAUCCUUGCCCAUCCACUCGUCCCCAGAGUUCAAUCGAAACGUCUCGCGCUCAGACUUGUUGAACGCAUCCGAUUCGAUUCCAUCGCCAUCAUCGUCAUCAUCGUCAUCAU